AUGGCGAUCAAGCACAACCAACAGCUCCCCAAUAACCAUUUCCACAAGGACUGGCAAAGACGAGUCCGUGUGCACUUCGAUCAAGCCGGCCGCAAAUCUCGACGCCGAGCUGCUCGUCUUUCCAAGGCCGCUGCUGUCGCUCCUCGUCCCACCGACCGUCUCCGACCUAUCGUCCGAUGCCCUACUAUCAAGUACAACCGUCGCCAGCGCGCUGGUAGAGGUUUCACUUUGGCUGAGUUGAAGGAAGCCGGCAUCCCCCGCAAACUCGCACCCACAAUCGGUAUCUCAGUUGACCCCAGACGCCAAACCACCAGUCAAGAAGCCCUCUCUUUGAACGUCGACCGCCUAAAGGCCUACAAGGCACGCCUGAUCCUGUUCCCACGCAAGGCCGGUCAACACAAGAAACUCGACAGCAGCGCAGAGGAUGUCAAGAGCGCAUCAGACGCCAAGAAUGUCGUCUACGGCAAGCUCUCGGCUGUCCUCCCUAUCGACUCUGGCGUUGGCGUAAAGCACGGUAUUUCUGAGGUCAAGAAGAGCAACCUACCUAAGGAGAUUGAAGGUGGUGCAUACCGCAAGUUGAGAGAGGCUCGUUCCGAGGCCAGAUAUGUCGGUGCCCGCGAGAAGAGAGCCAAGGCCAAGGCUGAUGCUGAGGAGAGCAAGAAGAAGUAA